GGCCACUGGCAAACUAUGGACUCCAUGAAAGCUUGUUUGCGCGCAAGUUGAAAGAAAUGCCAAAGCCGGUUGAAGAGACGGCUCAAGGGUGCAGUCUCAGAUCCUCUUUCUCCAGAAUCUGGUGGUGAUUUUCAGCUUGCUUAAGAGCCGUCGACGGCGCAACAGCGUGGAUUGAUUGAUUGGGUUACCGUCCUGUGUGCAACAGCGUGGAGGUAGGCAGUAACUUGUACAGCAUCCUACGAAACAGUACAGAUGGGUCGCUCUUUCAGGGUAUCGAUACCGCAACGAUCCUUCUGUCACUUGCGGUAUCGACUCGCACUUGUCCUGUUCAUCUUUGUACUAUUCAAACAGUACCACCUCUUCUUCAUCUACCGAAAGGCGCUUGCGGCCAAGUAUUCGCCAACUGAACUUCUACAGUUCACGAAGGAACAGACAUGGAUGCCAGACGAAGAAAGCGCACAUUUUCAAGACCGCCUCGUUGCAAAUCGGGCAGCAUGGAGAAACUUAGGCGAAGGUCGGGAAGGAAAGACGUUUGUAUACCAGGACUCAGUGAUUAAGACAUUCACGCCCGGACGAAGUCCCUUCCGCAACUGUGCGCCAGGCGUAACAGACAAGGUGUGGCCGACUGAGGUUCCAGCGUCUUUGUACUUUGGAGGUUCCGAGCACAAUGCGACUUCCUCUUUUCAUGGCUUUCUGCCAGUCCAAGCAUAUUUCAUGGCAGUAUCUUCUGCGAGUCAGGCUGAGUGGCACCUCGUAACACCAUUGCUAAAGGGUGGGAAUCUGAAAGACUUGGCCAUCGAAGCGCGCAAGCAAAAACAACCCUAUCGAGACAUCGACGCGCACCACCGUCCAACCUUCGAACGCCUGCUCCAUACCCUGGGGAAUCUGCAUGAAGCUGGCUACUGCCACGAUGACAUCAAAUCCAGCAAUAUAUUUGUGGCUGACGAUGCACAUUGGAUACUAGGAGACCUAGGCAACCUCCGACAAGUUUCUCAUCCCUAUCACUCAUCACUGCUCUGGAGAGAGAACAAACAACUCUCGGACUGCCGCGCAAACGACGUAAUGCGUGCACUCAAGUCAUACAUGCGCUUCGUUCGCGAUUCAGCGAUCGAUGCGGAUGCUCUUAACGCGGAAUUUUUCGAUGGGAGAGAGCCACUGAGCCGGCUAUUUUGGUCAUCGACGGCCAACUGCUCGCAUUUGAGCGCAGCGGAGCUCCGCGCAAAGUCAAUUACUGAGCACCCGCAUCUCCACGCAAAUAGCAUGGUCAAAACCGGUAUAUUGUUACCAGCCCAGAGCUACACAUGGCUGAGCAUAUUCUCGCGGCGCUGGGGGCGUCACUAUGCUGUCAACCACGCGCUACAGACUCGUAUGGGAGAAAAGCUGGCUAGGUGGUGGGCCUUAACAGGGUUAUUUGGUGUUCCAAUUACUACUGUAUGUGGCGUUCGAUACCCCUGAAUCUUCCAAUUCGAUUUCAUUUUUGCUAUUUCCCUGCUGUUUUAUGACGAUUCUGCAUUUGAGGGAGACUUUAUUCGUCACGUCAAUCUCAGAAAAGCCAACUAGGCGUUCUCAGUAUUUUCGACAGCAGUUGAUGCAGCUCUGUAUCUCUUCGAGUCCUCCAGUAAAUUCGAACAACUA